GACUGUUCUACAGAAGAUGCAAGUUGGUUUCUAAGACGGAAGUUACCCAUGACACCAAGCUCUUCUGCUUAAUGUUGCCUAAGAGCACACAUCUUUAUGUUCCCACUGGACAACAUGUUUACCUCAAACAAAUCAUUGCAGGGACAGAAGUAGUAAAACCAUACACACCCGUAUUGCCUUUUUUGCCACUGGAUUUCAAAGAACCAUCUCGCCAUGAUGGUGCACAUAUAUAUUUAAUGAUUAAAAUUUAUUCCUGUGGUCUGUUCACACAGGCACUUGACCACCUACAAGUUGGAGACUAUAUUUCUGUCAGCAAUCCUGAAGGUAACUUCAAGAAGUCACAGGUUCAAACUUCAGAAGAUCUCUUUUUAUUGGCAGCAGGCACAGGCUUCACACCAAUGGUUAAAUUGCUGAAUUUUGCUCUGACUGAAGUUAGUUGCCUCCGGACAGUGAAGCUGGUCUUCUUCAACAAAACAGAAGAUGACAUACUUUGGAGAAACCAGCUAGAGCAAUUAGCUCUUAAAGAUGAAAGGUUUGAGGUUCAGUUCAUUCUUUCACAACCAACAAAGGACUGGGUGGGUAAACAGGGGAAGAUUUCUUCAUCUCUUCUCUCUGAGUUUGUGAAAAGAAGCAGAAAAGACUCCAAAGUGCUUAUCUGCAUCUGUGGUCCAACACCUUUUACCGAACAAGGAGUACAGUAUCUGAAGAAUCUUGGAUAUUCCCAGGAAGAGAUACACACUUUUACUGCAUAAAAUCAUAUGAAGAUAUCAAUGUUGUUUGUAUAAUUCAAUCUUAUUUAUUUACUUUCAUGAAUUUAAUUAAGCGAGAAGCAAUUUUCUAAGACUUGAAAUUUCACUCUUGGUACCAAACUGUUUCUUGGAAGAAAUAUAUCUUUGAAAAAAUUUUAUACUAUGUUUUAUCUUGUUUUUGUAAACAUUUUUGCUAAUCCAGGGUAUUAAUUUAUUGUAGAGGCAAGCAAAAAGGUAUAGUGUACAUUAUGUAAGAUAUUUCAUGUUGUUGGUUCAUGAGAAUUCUUAAAUUUAUGACAGCACUGAUUUAAGUUUUGACUUGAAAAGCUUAUUAUUUCGUACUGUAAAAAGUCUUAAGAGCGAUACUGUCUGAAAUUAAAUAUUGCACUGUAACUCAGGUAACCGGUCGUUGAAAAACGCUCUUUUUCAUCUGAAAUCUCUAUUUGACUUGCAAGUGAUCCAGAUACAUUUUUGGUUUUGUAAACAAAGAAUAGAAGUACCUUUGGUAAAAUAUAAAAAUUUACAUCAAAUAAUAAAAAAAUAAUAAUUUUA